CAUGCAUUUCGAUACUUCUCUUUCUCUGUAUAUAUGUGUGCUCACCAUGUAUAUUCAAGAUGAACAAUGUUGUCUUAAAUCUCCGUAUUAUGUGGCUUUAAUUCUUGGAAAAUCUUAAUUCGAUGGAAGUUAGGGCUUAUUCGAUGUUGAUUCUGAUUUGGAAAAUAUUUCCUGGAGUGUACUUUAGUUCUUGUUGAGAUUCUGUAGCAGAAGCAACGUUUCUUGGAUUGUUGCAAUGAGGAAUAGCGAGCGUUUUGCUAAUAUUGCCCUAGCAGGUUUGACUUUGGCACCGCUGUUUAUAAAGGUAGAUCCAAACUUAAAUGUAAUUUUGACCGCAUGCUUAAUGGUUUACGUGGGUUGCUACCGCUCAGUAAAGCCAACUCCUCCUUCAGAAACAAUGUCUAAUGAACAUGCUAUGCGUUUCCCUUUAGUUGGGAGUGCGAUGCUUCUGUCGCUAUUCUUACUGUUUAAGUUUCUGUCCAAGGAUUUGGUUAAUGCCGUUUUGACAUGCUACUUCUUUGUACUCGGCAUUGUUGCUCUCUCGAAACACUGUUACCUGCAAUCAGAAGUUUCUUGCCAAAGCAUUGGAAUGAAGAAUCCAUUGUUUGGCGUUUCCCCUAUCUCUGUUUUAAACAUAAAGGUAUUCUUUCGUGCCCACAAGAUCACUUUGGCAAUACAGUCAGGCAUUUUGUUUGCUUCAACUAAUUCUACAGUAUCUUCGUUGAUUAUGGAGCCGCUAAAGGGAAGACCCAAACCAUGUCAAAUAAGAAGGACCCGAAGGUAUGUGACGAUCUGUCCAGUAGGCCGGGCAAUUAACCGCGGAAAGGUCAGGUAAGGGGAAAGAAGUGGCCGAAGAGGGAUCGAGUAGGGUAGAUAGGUAGCUUCAUGUGUGCAUCGGGGUGCCCUCAAAUCAAGAUCUUUGGAGUUUUGUCUGGUUCAUGUAUUUAUUU